GUACCCAUAAGCUGCGCGGGCAGGUGUGUGCACACCGCUUCCAGUCACUUCCGCCAUGGCUACUGUUGACGUUACUUGUGCUGGUUGCAAAUUUGAUUAUUGGAUCUUCAUCGCUACGUUUCACCGCAAAGACGACUUGUGUUACCAGUUCUUGAGGGAACACGGCGUUUUACCCACUGCAGUCGAGUGUCCCGAGUGCCACACGCCGUGUAAGCUGCGCAGUGACAGGCGUGUGUGGUAUUGCGGCCGGUACCGCAAGCAGCCGAAAAAGAAGCGCAGUAAGCAGUGCAACUUCAGCGUUUCUGACUUUAAAGGAACUUUCCUGGAAGGAACGCAUCUUCCUGUGUGGCAGCUGGUGCUAUUUUUUAAUCACUGUCUGCAAAAGCAGUGGGACCACGCCACUGUAUUCAAGUGUCUCCAGUGGUCUCCUAACACUAGUGUCGACUGGCGGAGUUUCUGUUCAGAGGUGACUCUCGACUGGCUGAAAAACCAGCAGCCAAUUGGUGGUGACGGUGUAAUUGUAGAGAUUGACGAGACCUAUUUUGUGAAAAGAAAGAACAACAAAGGUCGCAAUCUCAAUAGUGUGUGGCUGUUUGGGGGAAUCGAGAGUGUCACCAAAAACAAGUUCAUCGUCCCCUUACUUGGAAAGCAGCGAGACAGAAGUGUGGCAACACUGAUUCCUUUCAUAAAGAAAUACAUUUUGCCAGGAAGUACAAUCGUAAGUGACGGAUGGAAAGCCUACGAGUUGCUGGGAAACAAAGGCUUCACUCACUGGGUCGUGAACCACUCUGAGCACUUUGUGGACCCUUCAGACGCCCGUGAAUGCAGGCUUAUUCGGACCGUGGCUGAUUCGGACCAUGGCUAAUUCGGACCGGAUUCGGACCUAAGUCUUGGCUGAUUCGGACCAUGUAUUAGGCUGAUUCGGACCAUGUAUUAGGCUAAUUCGGACCAUGUUUUGAAUUAUCCGAACACUUACAAACAGUAGAGCCAAGUUAUUUUGGACACAAAAAGGCCCAUGCCAUGUCAGUUCCUUACUUUGCACCACACAAGAAUGACUGCCCGGGUCAAUUGUUUGGAUUGUGACCGAGUUGUGGCUGACCAUCACCAAGCCAUUGACUGCGAUGGUUGUGGUGGCUGGCAACACCGAGGAUGUGGCAACACUGGGCUUUCUAGAUAUAAAUAUGAUAAAUUACGAAGAGGACUAAUAACACACGAGUUUACGUGUCAACGUUGCCAGUUCCUUCAAUCUUCAGUCAGCCUGCCCAUCCCAAUUAUGGAGAGCACGUCAGAGGAUUUAAACCCUGUUGCCUUGCCUACUGAAAUGUUAGUAUGCAAUAGGUUCGUGUUAAUUUUAAAGCUGAAGAUAUUUGAAUGGUACUAUAUAUGAAUUACAAAAACUAAAACAAUACCUCCCUUCUUCGAUAAUAUAUAGCAUAACAUGUAGCAUAAAACAUGCACUCACUUUAAUUAAUUUACAGUAGUCCUACCAUGGUAGAGUCACUACAAGAAGAAACUUCUAACUUUGAUGUGUCACGGCCUCAUAGGUUACUUGUUCCAGAAGAACAAGAAGUGUAAGUAUAUACCCAUGAAGUUAUUUACCUGACUACAAAAAGCUAUAAGUUGGGAUCA